AAAUCUGUUGGGAGAAUGACUCUUAUUGCUCAAUCUGCCCAGCCCAAAUUACUUUCUAUACAAGGGCGUGUUUCUUUACGGAGUACAUAUCUCUUUUCAUAUUUGGGAAGAAUUGGCAGACCUGAUCACCUCAGUUAUUCUCCUCUUCCGGUUUUAAUUCCACAUACAAGGUGGUGGUGGAUAACCGAUUCCGUUAAUAGCUCCAACAUUUGUGCAAGAUCAGCUCUUGUAGUUGGAAUUAAACUCCAUCACUGUGUAAACCUUGGGGAACGAACAAGCAGUAUACAAUUAGCACCGGAGUCGUGCCGAAUUUUGGUCUCAAGACAGUGGUCUCCACGUCACAGCUUGAAUCCUUCUCCAAUGAUAAGUUUUCUGCUGAUUUUCUUCUUCUUUUGCUAUUAAUAGUUGCUGCUGUUUUUCCAACAAAACCGUGCGCGGAGACUGGAAUUUUCUGUGCACAGUCCACCGUACACUGGUGACAUAGAUAAAAGUAAUGUACAAUAGACUGUACGAAUAAAUUCUGGCUACACGUAAAAUUUUUAUGGUAUUGAUUUGUUUCAUUUCAAAAUUAAGGUAUCAAAGUUUAACAAUAGUCACAAUUAAGGUACGGUUAAAGCAUUUGGUUCUAAUUUUUUAUUAGUGGUGAUUUAUAGCUAUGGUGUGAUGGCGUAAAUGCCACCCGUUAUAAAAAAAAAUUGAUAGAUCCAAUUAUCCAAAUGCUUCACAAUUUUUGCAUAUUGGACCCAAUUCCGUCCAAAUCGUAUACCAUUUCAAAUACAAAUGGAGAGCUCUCCUUAAUACUAGUAUUUGCAUAAGGGUAAUUCUAUUCACAGUUCACAAUUUACUAAUCACAGCCACAAAACAAACUAAAUAUCCAAAUUACCCUCGCUUAUAUAGCAAUGCUCUCUAACUUCAAAUUCUCUUUCCGCAAACCAUAGACCUACCGUAAGUGGGCAUAUUAGUUAGUAUAGUCUUCUUUCAACUGGUACUUAUUGUUCUUCCGCCGCCGCCGCCCACCGAUUAAGGACCGACAAGUGCAGCUCUCUGUAAGGCCUCUUGGUCCGAUUGUACAUGGGCAGCAUGUUGUGUUGUAGGGGCAGAAUCAAAAGCGAAUCAAAGUUGUGCAGAAUCGAUGGGCAUUUAGAACCAAUCCUACACCUAUGUGCGUGAUUCAGAUGAAAAGCGAGACUAGGCUAUAAAUUGUUAAAAUAAAUCCAAUUGGAUAGGAAGAUAUCAUCACUAGUUC